AUGUCUAAUUAUUCUUCUUCACAAAAUAAUUAUUAUCAAAAAUCGGUGUCCUCAAAUUAUAUACAAAACAAUGAUGGAAUUUCAAAGGCUUGUGGAACAUUACAAAAACCAAGACGUCCUCCAAAUAAUGGUUCAAUAAUAUUAAAAGAUGAUGAAAAUCAAACACUUUUUAGACUUUGUGGACCAAAUAUAGUAGUAUUAGCUGCUGGAGUAUGUCAAUUACUUCGUUCAACAGGUAAACCAAAUGUAACAUGGGAAAUUGUAUCACCAGGAGUUGUUGUAUUAUGUAAAGAUUAUGAACGUCGUUUAUAUUGUUUAAGAUUAUAUUGUUUGGUAAGAGAAGAAUUAUUAUGGGAACAAAUUAUGUAUAUUAAUUUUAUGCCAGAAUACUUAAAAAACAAAAGAAAUAUGUUAGUUUUUGAAGGAGAAAAGUGUAUAUACUGUCUUAACUUUACAACAGACGAAGAAGCGGGAAUUUUCUAUAAUCAUUUUUAUAAACGUUUAUUAAAAGAAAAAGAAAAUACAGCUAGAGCAGCAAAAGCUCAAGAAAGUAUACAUCCAAAUUAUAAUCAAGGAACUAUUCUUACACAAUCAACAGGUGUUUCAGUAAUGGGAGCUGUUCCAUUUUAUUCACCAAAUCAAAAAAAUCAACCUUUACUUGGAAAUGGAAAAGAACAAAAGAAAAAUAAAAAAAAGGAUAAAGGAAAAAAGAUAUGUUGGGAUCAACAUUCUGGUUUUCAACAUACUGUUUCUGAUAGUAAUGCAAUUGAUGAUUCUGUAAAAGAUGUUAUUAAAGCUGCUGGUUUUAAUCCAGAUAAUUUAAACCAAGAUGAAAUUAAAUUUGUUAAAGAUUUUGUUAGUAAAUAUGAUAAAUCUGAUUCAAAUAUUUACAAAGCACCAAUUGAUCCAUUUAAUGCAUGGGAUGAUACUCCAUCAGUUCAGAGACAUUCGAAUUCGCAAACGAAUUAUCAAGAUACAUUAUAUAAUUCAACUUUACAAAAUAAAAGAAAUAUAUCAACAGUUCCAAUACAUUCUUUAAAAAAUGAGGCAUCAAAUUUUUAUGAUACAAAUAAGAUUACUUACAAUAUUCAAACAUCACAAAAUAUUCCAUUACAUGGAAAAUAUUAUAAUGAUCAAAAUAAUGUUCAUCAAAGAACAACACCAGCUCCUCCACCACCAAUUAGGAGAGAUUUAAAUAAUUUCCAAAAUGAUUUAAGUAACAAAAUUCCUAAAAAUGAAAAUAUUGAUAUGGCACCUGUACGGGCAGCACCAAAUACACCUAAAAGACCCACAAAUAUGCCACCACCUCCACCACCACCGAUAAAAACAAAUAGACCUCCACCACCUCCUCCAAUAUUAAAGAAUAUUAAUAGUAAUCCAAUUAUUACAAAACAAAAUCCAGCUCCUUUAAUACCAACAUCAACUUUACCAUCAGUUGGAUCAUCUGCACCACCGCCACCUCCUCCACCACCACCAGGAUUACUUAAAUCUUCUCCACCAAGUUUGCCAACAAAUACAUCACAAGUACAAAAAUCUCAAUUACCUACUAAUAACGGUCGUGGUGAUUUAUUGGCAGAAAUACAGGCUGGAAAAGCUUUGAAAAAAGUUGAACAAUCAAUUUCACAAGGUGGAAAAUCAAUAAAUACUCGUGAUGAUUUAUUAGCACAAAUACAGAAAGGUACUAAUUUAAGACAUGUUGAAUCUGACAAUGGAAUUCAAAAUCGCAAAUCAAGUGGUAACCUUAAUGAAAUGGAUGGAAUUGCUGGUGCAUUAGCCAGAGCUCUAGAAGAAAGAAGAAAAAAUAUGCUUGUCUCAGAUAGUGAAGAUUCUGAUGUUGAUAAUGAUGAAUGGGAUUCUGACUAA